AUGAAGGUAUUCAAAUUGACGACUCGACAGCCGGACUCUAUCGAAAAUGGCGUUAUUGUAAGUGAUGCCGCAGCUUUGCAUGCUGUUGAUAACGCUGUGAAUUCCGAGCGGUAUGGAUAUGAUAUAGUUACUGGAGAGUCACCUGAGGUGGUUAUUCAGCAGUCUGCUGUAUUACAACCGGCGAUGCGUCACUCUGACAAAAUGGGAUCUGUUAUAAUCGACGCCAUGAUUGAUGCUGUUGGGACACAAGAAGAGGUUGCCGUCGUACGAAGAGGAUCUGAGCCUAUUGUUGAAUGGGAUGAAAACGGCAGCAUGAUAGCUGGUGCGUUCCCGACUCUUUUCAUGAUGAGAGGUGAUAUGCUUCCUUCAGGGUCCUUUCCCCAGGAUUUGGUUCAGCAUUUGAUGCGUUACUAUGACGGGAGAUUCGAAAGUAACGUCUCUCUCAUCGCGACGCUGUUCAAUCAGUUGCAGCGGCAUGCAGCAAUACGAAAAACAGCUAGAGCAGUGACUACGCACGCAAAGACGUUACAAAAACUGGGGAAAUUGGCGAACUCUGAUGAAUUCAAAGAGUCUCUUUUAACAGCAGCACGUGAUCCAGAUUCUCCCACCGCAAAACGGUUAAAUGCUGGCUUAUUGCGGUUGCUUUCUGUCGUUGGUGGAACGGUACCUUUUUCUCCUUUUGAACGCGCCGCUACACGUCCCAAGCUAGCUGCUAUGCGUUUUCGAUUUGGUCUUCCUCCGUUUUGGGUUACUGUGGCACCACCAGAACAAGAUGAUACCACGUUGCAUCGUGUUAUGUUGCUAAGAAAGUUGAACGCAUGGAAUGACGAUAACGUGUGUAUACCAGAGAACACUUUCAGUGGGAGCUAUUUCCCCAAAACCUGA